AUGAAUGACAGCCUAUUUGUCAGUUUGGACAGACUUUUGCUAGAAUUUGUUUUCCAGUAUGAGCAAGAUAUAAGUACUAAAGAAGAUAUGCUUCAACGAAUUAAUAAAUGCUUUGAAGAUAUUAAAGAAAACAAGGCAACUAUUUGUAAGAUACAUGAAACUAUAAAUACAACAGAUGAGGAAAUUGGUCAUUACUGUAAACAUAGUAAGGAGAUCAAAGACAACUGUAGUAACUGGAAGCCAACAUGUGAUGUUUUUCAUAAGCAUGAAGACUAUAUGCAGGACCAAUUUACUAUUUAUCAAGAAACUAUUGAAAAAGACAAAAAAAUGUACCAUGGUUAUAUAUGUCAGUAUAAAGAUGUUUUGAAGCAAUAUCAGUUAAAAUACUCAGAAACACCCCUUUCACAUGAAUAUUAUGAGAAGAAAAGAGAACACGAAGAAAUUCAAAAUAGAGUGUUGGCAUGUACUGAACAACUAAAAAUGAAUGAAACUAUCUUUAUGGAAUUUCUAGUGCCUGCUCCUUUUCCAUCACUUGCUAAAUGGACAUUACAUAUGGCUAAUGUGAGAUGUAAAACACAAGAUAUUCUUAAACAUGCCAGCAAUUAUUCCAAAAGUUCAUCUGAAUUGAAGGAAGAAGUAGAUGAAGUGGAAAUAGAAAUUAAUUAUUUAAACCAGCAGAUUGCAAGACUCCAUGAAACUAAGAAUCUUGCAGAAACUCUGGAAGAAAAAAAUAAAAAUAUAGAAAAGAUAAAGGAUUUGAAAGAAAGACUUUUUGAAAAAGAUGAACAACCUGCGCUUACAUUGAGUAAAACCCCUCAAAACAGUCAAUUAUUUCUUCCACAUGAAUCUCAGAAAUUAGACAGACUAAUGAAGAUGCAUUCUUCAGAACCAAGAGUUAUAGAUAAAAAAGAAGAAAGUUCCAUGAAGCAGGCAAAGCUUGCCAAUAUUGACUUUAGACAGAAGGAAAACAACGUGCAGGUACUUAAUGACUCUACUCUGAAUAACCAUUCAAAAUGCUCAAAUUCUGUGGCUAUUAAAAAUUCACAAAAUAUGAUGCAUUUCAGAUUGUUAACCCCACAGAAACAAUCAAAUUGCAGUCAAUGGUGUGAAAAAGGAGAUACAGAUGCUGAGUGUGAAGACAAAGGUACAGUAAGACAAUUGAGAGAAUCAAAAUGUACUUCACAAGUUUUUUGUGCAGAACAUUUUGGGAAACCAAUAGAAAAUAAUAGUGAUGAAGUAGAAGAAAGGGCUGAGAAUUUUCUACAAACUCCUGAAAUUCCUUUAUUUUUAAGAAACCCUGAAGCUGUGAAAACACCUGAAUCUUUGGAGAAAUUAUUGUUUCCUAAAACCCCUUCUUUUGAAAUUAACAGAAAUAGAAAUAUAAUGCCUGAAGGUCAAACACAAAAGGAAUCCCCUGGAUUUUCUUUUCUUACGAAUUAUACUUCUAGAUCUCCUGGAUUGAAUUUAUUUGAUUCUACUAUAUUUGAUUCAGAAAUCUCAUCAGAUCAGUUUAAUGAACAUUAUUCUACAGGAAAUUUAAAUCCUCUCUCAUCACAACAAGAAAUUGGAAACUUAUUUGGGAAACCAGAAGGAGAAGAUGGCUUCACAUUUUCUUUUUCAUCAGACUCUUCAACUCACACAUUUGGAACUGGAAAAGAUUAUUUUAGUUUUCCAUUUUCAUUUGAACAGGAUCAAAACUCAACACCUUCUUCUGUAAAAGGUUUUUCAUCUUCCUCACAAAAUACAACACAAUUUACUUUUUUUUGA